CCCCCUUCCCCCAGUGCCGUUUCGGUUUAACCUAGUGUGUGACUGUGAGUCUGUGAGGGAGGAAGUGUGUGAGGUGUUGAGGUGAGGCGGAGGCAAGAAAAGGGGCUCCCUCAGGAGCAAGGGACAAAGGGGGCGUGAGGCGUCUAGGCCGCGGGACCCCAGCGACAGGAAGUCGCCCUGAGCUGAGCUACCGGGUAGGGGAAGGGCCCGCGCAGUCCUCACAGGGCCCCAGAGCCAGAGGCGGCCCUACAGCCCCGGACCGUCGGCUUCCUACUUCCUCGACCUCCCCGACGCCGGGGCCUGAGGAGCGGCUCGGCGGGGGGAGGCGGGGGGGACGGACUUGAGCAGCCAGCCGUUGUCUCGCAACUCUCCUGCUGAGGAACUCUCGCCGCUUCCCUGUCUCCUUCAUCCCCCACCUCAUGUAGGAGGGUGCUGAGGAGCGGAGAGGGAGGAGGAGCCUGGGCCACUGUCCCUUCCCUCCCCACCCCCUUCUAGGGGCGCUUUGGUAGGCGUGGGGUUGGGGCUGGGGGGGAGGGUGGGGGUUACUUUUUGGAGCGCCGGGGAACUUUUUCCCCUUUUUGAAGCCCGGGGAAAGGGAAUGCCCAACCCAGAGAGACAUGGGGGCAAGAAGGACGGGAGUGGAGGAGCUUCUGGAACUUUGCAGCCGUCAUCCGGAGGUGGCAGCUCAAAUAGCAGGGAGCGUCACCGCUUGGUGUCGAAGCACAAGCGGCAUAAAUCCAAGCACUCCAAAGACAUGGGGUUGGUGACCCCCGAAGCCGCGCCGCUGGGUACGAUGAUCAAGCCUCUGGUGGAGUACGAUGACAUCAGUUCUGACUCCGACACCUUCUCCGACGACAUGGCUAUCAAACUGGACCGGAGGGACAACGACGACCGUCGGGGAACGGAGCGGAGCGACCGCCUGCACAAGCACCGGCACCAUCAGCACCGCCGCUCCCGGGACUUGCUGAAAAGCAAGCAGAGCGAGAAGGAGAAAGCCCACGAAGUGUCGAGCAAGUCGGGGUCAAUGAAGGACCGGGGGUCGGGGAGUUCCAAGCGUUCCAAUGAGGAGAACGACGACUACGGGAAGGCGCAGUUAUCCAAAAGCGGCAGCAACAAAGAGUCCCGAUCCUUCAAACUCCACAAGGAGAAGAUCCGGAAAGAACGGGAGCUGAAGUCGGGGCACAAGGACAGAAGUAAAAGUCACCGGAAAAGGGAAACCCCCAAAAGUUACAAGACGGUGGACAGCCCCAAACGGAGAUCCCGGAGUCCUCACCGGAAAUGGUCUGACAGCCCCAAGCAGGACGAUAGCCCCUCCGGAGCGUCUUAUGGCCAAGACUAUGACCUUAGUCCUCCUAGAUCUCACACGUCCAGCAACUACGACUCCUACAGGAAGAGCCCUGGGAGCACCUCAAGAAGGCAGUCAAUCAGCCCCCCGUACAAGGAGCCCUCUGCCUAUCAGUCCAGCACCCGCUCACCCAGCCCCUACAGUAGAAGGCAGAGGUCCGUGAGCCCCUACAGCCGGAGGCGAUCAUCCAGCUACGAGAGGAGCGGCUCCUACAGCGGCCGCUCCCCCAGUCCCUAUGGUCGCAGGCGGUCCAGCAGCCCUUUCAUGAGCAAACGGUCUCUGAGUCGGAGUCCACUCCCCAGUAGGAAAUCCAUGAAGUCUAGAAGUAGAAGUCCUGCAUAUUCAAGACACUCAUCUUCUCACAGUAAAAAGAAGAGAUCCGGGUCACGCAGUCGACAUUCCAGUAUCUCACCUGUCAGGCUUCCUUUGAACUCCAGCUUGGGAGCUGAACUCAGUAGGAAAAAGAAGGAAAGAGCUGCUGCUGCUGCAGCAGCAAAAAUGGAUGGAAAGGAAUCCAAGGGUUCACCUAUAUUUUUGCCUAGGAAGGAAAACAGUUCAGUAGAGGCUAAGGAUUCGGGCUUGGAGUCUAAAAAGUUGCCCAGAAUUGUAAAAUUGGAAAAAUCUGUCCCAGAUACUGAAGUGUUGAAUGUAACAUACACAAACACAGAAGUCAAAAAUUCUUUAGAUGCAGGGAAAGUAAAGUUGGAUGAGCACUCUGAGAAGCACCCUGUUAAAGAUUUUAAAGUACAGGGAAUAAGAGACUCUAAGCCCGUAGCUCUGAAAGAGGAGAUUGUUACUCCAAAAGAAGCAGAGACAUCUGAAAAAGAAACCCCUCCACCUCUCCCAGUAGUCACUUCUCCACCUCCUUUACCAACUACUACUCCACCACCUCAGAUGCCCCCAUUACCACCUUUGCCUCCAUUACCAGCUAUUCCACUGCAACCACCUCUGCCUCCUCCCCAGCCAGCAUUUAGUCAGGUUCUCACUUCCAGUACUUCAGCUUUGCCCCAUUCUACCCACCCAAGGACAUCUACUUUGUCUUCUCAGGCAAAUUCUCAGCCCCCUGUACAGGUUUCUGUGAAGACUCAAGUAUCUGUAACAGCUGCUAUUCCACACCUAAAAACUUCAACAUUGCCUCCUUUGCCCCUCCCACCCUUAUUACCUGGAGAUGAUGACAUGGAUAGUCCAAAAGAAACUUUACCUUCAAAACCUGUAAAGAAAGAAAAGGAACAAAGGACACGUCACUUGCUCACAGACCUCCCUCUUCCUCCAGAGCUUCCAGGGGGAGAUCCAUCUCCUCCAGACUCUCCAGAACCAAAGGCAAUCACACCACCUCAGCAACCGUAUAAAAAGAGACCAAAAAUAUGUUGUCCUCGUUAUGGAGAAAGAAGACAAACAGAAAGUGAUUGGGGAAAACGAUGUGUAGACAAGUUUGACAUUAUUGGGAUUAUUGGAGAAGGAACCUAUGGACAAGUAUAUAAAGCCAAGGACAAAGACACAGGAGAGCUAGUGGCCUUGAAGAAGGUGAGACUAGACAAUGAGAAAGAGGGUUUUCCAAUCACAGCGAUUCGUGAGAUCAAAAUUCUUCGUCAGCUCAUCCAUCGAAGUGUUGUUAACAUGAAGGAAAUUGUCACCGAUAAGCAAGAUGCUCUGGAUUUCAAGAAGGACAAAGGUGCCUUUUACCUUGUAUUUGAAUAUAUGGAUCAUGACUUAAUGGGACUGCUAGAAUCUGGUUUGGUACACUUUUCUGAGGACCAUAUUAAGUCAUUCAUGAAACAGCUAAUGGAAGGAUUAGAUUACUGUCACAAAAAGAAUUUUCUGCAUCGUGAUAUUAAAUGCUCUAACAUCUUGUUGAACAACAGUGGUCAGAUCAAGCUAGCAGAUUUUGGACUUGCUCGACUCUAUAAUUCUGAAGAGAGCCGUCCAUAUACAAACAAAGUUAUUACUCUGUGGUACCGACCACCAGAACUUCUACUUGGAGAGGAGCGUUAUACACCUGCCAUUGAUGUUUGGAGCUGUGGAUGUAUCCUUGGGGAACUCUUCACAAAGAAGCCUAUCUUUCAAGCCAAUCUGGAACUGGCUCAGCUAGAACUGAUCAGUCGACUCUGUGGUAGCCCUUGUCCAGCUGUGUGGCCUGAUGUUAUCAAGUUGCCCUAUUUCAAUACCAUGAAACCGAAGAAGCAAUAUAGACGGCGUCUGAGAGAAGAAUUUUCUUUCAUUCCUUCGGCAGCACUUGAUUUGCUGGACCACAUGCUGACACUAGAUCCUAGCAAGCGUUGCACAGCUGAACAGACCUUACAGAGUGACUUUCUUAAAGAUGUUGAACUCAGUAAAAUGGCCCCUCCAGACCUCCCCCAUUGGCAAGAUUGCCAUGAAUUAUGGAGUAAGAAACGACGACGACAGCGACAAAGUGGUGUUGUGGUAGAAGAGCCACCUCCAUCCAAAGCCUCUAGAAAAGAAACUACCUCAGGAACAAGUGCUGAGCCUGUGAAGAACAACAGCCCGGCACCACCUCAGCCUGCUCCUGUCAAGGUGGAGCCUGGGGCUGGGGAUGCAAUAGGUCUUGGUGACAUCACACAGCAGUUGAAUCAAAGUGAAUUGGCAGUGUUACUGAAUCUUCUGCAGAGCCAAACUGACCUGAGCAUCCCUCAGAUGGCACAGCUGCUUAACAUCCACUCCAACCCAGAGAUGCAGCAGCAGCUGGAGGCUCUGAACCAGUCCAUCAGUGCCCUAACAGAAGCUACUUCCCAGCAACAGAACUCGGAGCCCGUGGCCCCAGAAGAGUCUUUGAAGGAGGCACCCCCUGGCCCAGUGGUCCAGUCAGAACAGACAACCUCUGAAGCUUCAAGCACACCAGCUGACAUGCAGAAUAUGUUGGCAGUUCUCUUGAGUCAACUGAUGAAAACCCAGGAGCCAGCAGGCAACCUGGAAGAUAACAACAGUGACAAGAACAGUGGGCCACAGGGGCCUAGAAGAACUCCCACAAUGCCACAGGAGGAGGCAGCAGCAUGUCCUCCUCACAUUCUUCCACCAGAGAAGAGGCCCCCUGAGCCCCCUGGACCUCCACCGCCGCCACCUCCACCCCCUCUGGUUGAAGGCGAUCUUUCCAGCGCCUCGCAGGAGUUGAACCCAGCCGUGACAGCCGCCUUGCUGCAACUUUUAUCCCAGCCUGAAGCAGAGCCUCCUGGCCACCUGCCACAUGAGCACCAGGCCUUGAGACCAAUGGAAUACUCUACCCGAUCCCAUCCCAACAGGACUUUCGGAAACACUGAUGGGCCUGAAACAGGGUUCAGUGCCACUGACACUGAUGAACGCAACACUGGUUCAGCUUUGACAGAAUCUUUGGCCCAGACCCUGGUGGUGAAGAACAGGACCUUCUCAGGCUCUGUGAGCCAACUUGGGGAGUCCAGCAGUUACCAGGGAACAGGGUCAGUGCAGUUCCCCGGGGACCAGGACCUCCGUUUUACCAGAGUCCCUAUAACUUUACACUCAGUGGUCAGGCAACCAUUCCUGAAGGCUGAGGGAAGCAGCAAUUCUGUGGUACAUGUAGAGAACAAAUUACAAAACUAUGGGGAGCUGGGACCAGGCACCACUGGGGCCGGCAGCUCAGGAGCAGGCCUUAACUGGGGGGCCCCAGCUCAGUCUUCUGCUUUUGGUAAACUCUAUCGGGGGCCUUCAAGAGUCCCACCAAGAGGGGGAAGAGGGAGAGGAGUUCCUUACUAACCCACAGACUGUAGUGUCCUCAAAGAUUCGUUUCCUAUCCAUACUUCUGUCCAGUACUCUGAACCUUUAAUGAAAUCAUUUACCUGAGCAAGGUAAUAUUUACAUUUGACUACUCCAGAGCUGUCCAUUGUAUUCCUUGCUCACUUGCUACAAGCAGGCAAAUUACAAAAUAAUGAUAUUGGCAUCAGUUUGGCAAUAGCCAAAUAUUUGCUUCAACUCUACAUAAUAAAUAUAGGUAGAGAAAAUGGAGAGGGUCAUUAAAUUGCAAAAUAAGUGUUUUAUUUAUUGCCUGCACUUCUUGAGCAAAAGAGAACGAAAAGUUUGAAUUUUGAGAUGACUCAGGAGAGGUUUUCUAAAGUUUUGGUUUUUUUUUUUUUUUCAUUGUUUCUUUGAAAUUUAGGGGUUUUUUUGUUUACUUUUUUUCUGUAAAGAGAAUAGUGUUCACAGGAUUUGAGUUGCUCUUAGACUUUUGCUAUAAGAGAAAAAGAGUGACCUGGCUGAUUUAAAUAAAUGUUUACUUCCUCUCCACCAUCUCACAUUUUUUUCUUUCAAGUGAGCUUUUUUUUUUCUAUUUCCCCAUUGAGCAUCUUUAACAUACCUUUUUUCCAAAUAAAUUACUCAUCUUCAAAAUUUGCUCUGAAAAAGGUUCUAGAAAGAAGCAUUCUUGGGCAAGUAGGUAGACUUCCCACCUCUUCACUUAAAAAAAAAAUCUCAUCUUUAAUGUUUCUCUCUUCCCAUUUCCCUAUUUCUCUUUCUUUUGAGACAUUUAUUUGGAAAAAAAAAAGUUGUUGAGAUGCCCAAAUACCUGGGAUGAUUUUUUUUUAAAUAAAGGAAAGGAAAUUUAAACAUCCUAUAUUGUUCUGUAACUCUUCAAUUCUAAAAUGCUUUUUUUGUUUUGUUUUUUUAAACCAUGUUCUGAUGGUGAAGUUGACCUAUAAAUGCAGACAACCUAGGACAUUGCAGCUGAGCUGGGGUUAGAGAUGAUAGAGGUAAUGUCUCCUUAUCUAGAGGGCUAGUAAGAGCAGUUAGCAUAUUGUUUACACAUAUUUUUAUGUCAAAAAAGAAAACAGCUUUGAAACAGAGCAUUGUAAUAUUGUCAAAGAGAAAAAAAUUGAAAAUACAUGGGACUGUAACAUAGGGUGAAUAUUUUUCUGAAGCUGUAUGAAUACGUGAGACCUUUUUUAAAAAAUACUUUUAAAAGAGCAGACUCAGAGUAAGAACAGUAUUGACAUAUGCACAUCUCAGCAUUUAUAUCCUGCCAAUUCUUUAGGGAUUUUCCUCCAGAGAGAUUUGAUUGUGGUUUUGGGAAAAGGAGGUUGAUUUCAUGGCAAGAACUUUGCCUUAUUAUAAACAGGAAAUGGAAAAGGGAAAGGUUUUCUGGAUGGGAUAACCUCUGGAGUGUUCUCAUUCUGGCUUCCAUUUCUUUGUGAGUACCAGCACAUAGAGUGUUUUAAAAACAAACACAUUCAUAUAAAUUAUCUGCACAGACUUAGACCUUGGUGAAAUGUUGAUAUAGCCCCCCUUUUAUAAGGAAAAGGCAAACAUGUUUCAGGAUCUUGAAGAAUAGUUUUCUGAAUUCAAGUAACAUUUCAUGUUUAAAUGCCAAGUUCUUAUAUUAAAAAAAUAAAAACUACUUGUAAGAGAAAGGUACACUAACAAUAAUAAUAAUAAAAAAAUGAAAAGAAGAACCUCUUCAGAUACUUACAUGAAGACCAUUUCCCCUGUUACUGGGAUAGGUAGAUAUCCAGUGUGUGUACUUCAUCAUUUCAUUUUUGGUCUGGCCAUACCCUCAAGGCCAAACACUGAUUAGAAAGAAAACCUAGUGAUUUUGGCAUUGAUGGCUUUUUUAUACCAGUGUGUUGAGCUAAGAUUUGCUAGACUCACAUAUUACUGGUAAAUUUCAUUAAAAUUCAUCAGAACUUUUUGUCUGUUUACUUAGUCCUCAGACAUGGCCUUUAUAUUUUAGAAUAUUUGAGUUUGAGGCAUUGGGUCCCAUUGUCCCAUUUUUUUUGAUUAAAGAACUUAAUCCUGAAAUACUUUCAGAAGUAUUCAACUUUAAAAAAAAUGGUUUCCCAUUAAAUAUGAAUAAAAUUCUCUACAUAUUUUAAUUAUAUUUUGGUUAUGGGCAAGCAACAAUAUUUUUUUUCUGCCCUUUAUUUUUAAUUAUGCCAAAUACUCCCAAUAUGCUUUAUUUUCCAUGCCCAUCCCUAACAGGGAGAUGGGGGUUUUAAGUUUGCAUGUGUGUGUGUGAUCUCAUCUCACUCCCCACCCUCAUUCUGGGAGUCUGACCUUUAAAGUGAAAAAAAAAAAAAGUUUGGUAACUUUGACUUUCUGAAAGGAGAGUUUGAAAAAGGAACUUACUUAAAAUACUCUGGAAUCUGUGGAGAAAGAAAAGGUAUUAACUAUUCAGCUGUGUUACCUAUAAACAUGAUGGAAGUAAAGGUUUGGCAGAAUUUCAACUUAACUAGAAAUUACAAGCCAAAUUCAAAAGUGGCUUGGGUUUUGUUUGGUUUUAAUUAUUGUACCAUAGGAGAUACUAAGUCCAUUAAAUACAUUAGUUUGAACAGAUGAAAAAAUCUGAUUCUGUUCAUGAGGCAAAACUAGUACGGCUAUUAUAUUAUUUUUACACACCCCCCCCCCAUAACAAAUUUACUUGCCCCAGUUUGCUUAGUGUCCUUUAACUGUUCAUAGGACUGACAAGGAUUUAAGAGUGGCAUCAGAUUAUAUGUUUGAAAGCAGGUCAGUUAGCACAAAUUUAUAAGUAGGAUUUCUGUUAGACAUCAUCCAGCCACUGUGUGUGUAUGUGUGUGUAAUAGUUACAGUUCUAAAUGGUUACCAGCAGGUUUUGAGAGAGAAAGCUGCAUCAGAUAAGUGUCAGUUGCCACCUCAUUUUCCUUGGUUUAGUUUCCUGACACUGUAUAUUCCUUUCUCUCUCAUUUUUGCCCCCUCCAUUGGGUGUAUUUUGUCUGUGUACAGAUAUUUUGUAAUAUAUUAAAUUUUUUCUUUCAGUUUAUAAAAAUGGAAAGUGGAGAUUGGAAAAUUAAAUAUUUCCUGUUACUAUA